UACAUCACAAUAUGUAAAUGUCAUAAUUGAAAAGUUUCUCUCAUCAUUUCCAAUAUAAAAAAUUUUUAGUAUAAAGAAACAUAGUUCGCUCAUAUGAAAUGAUAAAUAAAAUUGGACAAGAUUUCAAUACGAUACAAAAGAAUACACCGAUUUGUUUAAAUACUGAAAUCAUAGAAACAAGAUUAAAUGAUUAUAUAGAAGAUAACCGACGUCUAGAGAAGCAAAUGAAAGCUCUUCACUUAAUAGUUCAAGGGAUGUAUCAAGAUCUACUGGACGUGCAGCAAGAGAGAGAACAUUUGGAGCUACAUAGAAAAGUGUUGUGUUCACCAAUCCCAUGUUCUGAAACUUGUUCCACGUUAUACGGUGGACCAAAUCAUUGCAACAAAUGCGAUAAACCUACUUGUGAGGGCAUGAUUCGGGAUCUGUAUAAAAAAUAUCGCAACCUUCAGGAUAUCUAUAAAGCUAAAGGUACUGAAGUGCUAGACCUACGGAUAGAAAACGAAAUUUUGAAAGAAAAAAUGAAACAAAUCGAGGAAUCUCAAAGAGGAAUGCAGAAUAAUACGAAUUUUGGUAAACGACAGUACUGUUAA